AUUGGAACUGGGGUCAAUUAGAUCUCAGAAUUGGGUCGUAGCACUCUUGCUGACGUCAGGGUGAUGGCCUACAGAAACAAAUACACUUCGUGGUGAAACUGUGAAAUUCACUGACUCAUGAUUGGGAAAAGAAGCAAGUUAUGUUCUAGGAAAAAGGGCAUUCAUAUUUCUUGAAUGGAUGUGCGGCAUAUGAAGAAUAUGCAUUGAAUCAUUAUUUACGGGCAACAUCAACAGAACCCGGCCAAUUGUCACAGUUCCGGUCCUAGCAUGGCUGGCCAUAAAAAGAACAAGGUGACGGAUAAGUUGAAACGGCCACUAAAAAAGCGCCAUGCCAGUUUCCAUCAACAUCAACCGACCAAUAGGGUCAACAAAUUCUUAGCUCAGGCGAUCGAGGCACGUUCGAUGGGACAAGAGAAAUCCAAUCAUGUCCACGCGCUAACCCUCUGCUUCCGUGACUCGCUCAAAGAGGAAAAAUACCAACGGGAUGCGGAUAGCAGUUUCGGAAGUUUGUUGGCUUCAAUCUGGUCUUGCUUGUGUUUUUGGGUAGUGUCCAGCUGGCCGUUUUGCCGCGGACGCUCAUUCUCCUGCUCCUCUUCCUCACGGCCUUUGUCUGGACGGCCGUCUUGCUCAUGAUGCUCUUGGCCGCCCGGCUCCGAUGGCUGCGUUGGAAUGUGACGCACGCUUUUGCCUUCCGGCUAGCCAUCACCGUCUUUACGAUCGUCCUCUUGUGCGCCGUCGCACAAGUUAACGUGUUCACUUGCCGUCCCGAAAACGUGUGCGCCCCCAUUGUGUCGUCUAAUGUCACGCCAUCUGCCGCUGGCUCAGUCGUUGUAGACCAUCGAAGUUGCCCGUUGCCGCACUACAUCAUCCUGUCCGGCGUACUCGGCUUUCUGGGCGUGGCCAUCUGUUUACGUUUGCCUGCCGUAGUCAAAGGAAUCGGAUUGAUUCUGGUGACAUCCGUCUCUUUGCUGCUCUUCCACCUGACCCAUCGGCCCAUCCUCGACUGCUAUGACGCCCGCACUGGAACGCUGAUCCCUUUGCGCGCUAUGGGCUCUUUACAGCUGCUACUCUUCCUGCUGGGAGUCAUCUUGCAUGGACGCCAAGUCGAGUGGACGGCUCGUCUAGAUUUUCUGCUGCAAAGGCAAGCUAAGGAGGAGAAACAGAAGAUGGACGCGUUGCAGCACAGCAAUCGGCGCAUCCUAUUCAAUUUACUGCCGUCGCACGUGGCCCAGCAUUUUCUCGGCCAAGACGGCCACAAAACGAGGAGCAAUCUGGAACUGUAGCAUCAUAGUUAAUCGCGAUUGGGCGUUUUUUUCGCGUCCAUCACCGAUUUCCACGAGUUCUAUAUCGAGCUAGACGGCUCAUUUGAUUAUUUGAUUUAUUGAUUAUUUGAGAAUUCGUCCAAUAAUUUCACGCUGCGUGUUGGAAUGAACAU